AGCAGUCGGAUUGCAUAAAUUAUGUUCAUGACGCAGUAAGAAAUACAAGUGAAAAAAAUUGUAAAGCUGUCGAAUAACUGAGUAUUUUUAUUAUUAUUUUUAAUUGUAGAUCUCCAAGCUUGACAUAUGCUUCAGGAAGAUCAUAAAAUAUUAAUAAGAGGUGGCUGCAUUUUUCAAGGCCCCUCUUUAUCAAUGCAAAUACCCCUUUGUGUGAAGCCGUAGCGCCUAGCAGCGAGCUGUGAGAUGAAUUUUUAAUUAUUUCCCUCACAAACAGCAAAAAGGCGCUUGCAGUUUCUCCAAAAGAGAGAAAAUUGCGGACACAUGCAUCACAAUCCGUAUGUAGUACAAGAGACCUGCUUCUACCAAGGUUUGUGGUUGGGGGAGGCUGAAACACUAACUGGAUCACUUGCUGUAUGGUUGGAUUUUAACUUGAAAUCCAAUGCUUUGUACUGCCGUGCUUUAACCAUGACACUGGACUACCUUUCCAACUAACGUAUGAAAGACAUUUGUUUUCCUUGAAAGGGUUAUGGAUGCAGGAACUUUGUCACAGAAGGAUACAGUAUCCGUCAAUGAACAGGUGAUUGUAAUGUCAGGCCGUGAGACCAUCCGAGUUCUUGAAGUGGCAGUGGAUACACCAACACAGGCAACAGGCACUGUGAAGGCACCAGAGAUGACAACCAUAUCCACUAGCAUGGCCCAGUCUGAAGUAAUGCAGCCAGCAACUUUCCCAUCUGUUCAGGCUGUUUGUUCCCUGAGCCAAGCCACAACUCAGCAACAACAAACGAUUCCACUCACCAUGCAGGCUGCACCACAGAUCUUAACACAUGAAAAUUUGGCAACCAUUUUAACUGGUGUAAUGGCACCUACAGGGACCGUCACACAGCCUCUACUUAUACCUCUAGGUGGCCAGGUACCUGGACAGCAAGGUCUGGCUGUACUCACCAUUCCAACUGCCACAAUGACCACCCUUCCAGGACUAACUGGUACCUCUCAAGCAGGAGGAGUUCUUAAGUUUCCAGUCACUGGCUUGCAAGCAGCUUCGGUCUUGAAUGCAUCAGUACAGCAGCAACUCCAGCAGCCUCCGCAGAGUUUGCAACCUCAGGCAGUCAUUCAGGCUCCACAUACGCUUCAGACAGUGCCACCUGUUCAGAUCCAGCAUCUGAUACAGCACCAAGGAGGCAUUCAAGCCCAGCCACAGUUAUCAAUACAGUCCCAGCCAACAGAGACACCAACAUCAGUUUCCAAACCUCUUGAAGUACCGAGUCAGAUAACUGUCCAGCCAGCUGGACUGACUAUUAAUCCAACAGUAAUCAGUGCUGCUUCACUUGGAGGACAGAACCAGUUUCUUAGCUCAGUUGCUACUCCUGUAAUCACAAACACAAUUCCUGGACUACAAGGAAUAACUAGUCAAAUACUGACUAAUUCACAAGGACAGGUAAUUGGAACAAUUCCACUGAUGGUGAACUCAAAUGCUGUUACGACUUCCACUACAGCUCCAGCAACGUUUACCAUGCCAAAUCUGCAACUACAGACAGUGACACCCCAGCUGUUGCUGAAUUCACAAGGCCAGGUCAUUGCAACAUUAGCCAGCAGUCCAAUUCAGCCCCUGGUUUUGAAGAAACAGCCUACUCCUGAAUCUCCAGUAAAAGCAGUCCCACAGCCAAUCCAGCCUGCCCCAACUAUACCUCAGGUUUCCGUUGUUCUCACACCAUCAAAUCCAGUGACAACAGUAUCUCCUACUCCUGUUCCUAUCACUUCUCCAGAGAUGCCAACUGUGGGACAACUUAUCUCUAAGCCUCAGACUCCAACUCUUGAAGAUGAAGGAAUAAACUUGGAAGAGAUUCGAGAAUUUGCAAAGAACUUUAAGAUUCGUCGUCUUUCCCUUGGCCUCACACAAACUCAAGUGGGUCAAGCACUAACUGCCACUGAAGGCCCAGCUUACAGUCAGUCAGCAAUUUGUAGGUUUGAAAAAUUGGACAUAACUCCAAAAAGUGCUCAAAAACUUAAACCUGUUUUAGAAAAAUGGCUUAAUGAGGCUGAACUACGGAAUCAAGCAGGACAGCAAAAUCUGAUGGAAUUUGUUGGGGGUGAACCUUCCAAAAAACGAAAACGCAGGACUUCCUUUACUCCACAAGCCAUUGAAACUUUAAAUGCCUAUUUUGAAAAAAAUGCCUUACCUACAGGACAGGAAAUCACUGAAAUUGCCAAGGAGUUGAACUAUGACCGUGAAGUGGUGAGAGUAUGGUUUUGCAACCGAAGGCAAACACUAAAAAACACAAGCAAGCUCAACGUCUUUCAGAUUCCUUAAAAGGAAAUUAUAUCCAGACACACAUUUGCUCCACUCAUAUGCACAAAUGCGCACACAUACAGUAGCCCUGGGCACUGAUCAGGUGUCUUGUGACCAGGCAGGAGUUCAAUGCAUUUGCUUUGUCAUCAUAACCAUUCGCCUUGUACUUAGUCAUGUGAUCAGCAAAUGGGACCCGAGAUUCUUUUCAUUUACUACAGAUGAAGAUAAAAAAAUAUUGUGGGUUUAAUGAAUUGUUGAAAAAAUGUUAUAAAGGUAAAAAUUAUAUCUGUAAAUAUCUUGCUACAAUUUUAUUUUAUGCAUCACUUAGUGCAGCUAGGUGAUAAAUUUGUGAAAAAAGUUCCUUCCUGUUUAAAUAGUUAGACAGCAUUAUAAGACAUGAAAGUUAAUAAUGUAGGUUUAUUGGCAUGAGUGAGACCGGAGUUAGCAUGCAAUUCCACUGAAUCAUGCACUGUCAGGGAGUCUCUUAUAAGGGUAUAGCUUUCCUGUAUAUCAUGGAGAUGGCAGAUUGCCCUGUAAUGGUGCAAGCUAUGGUGACUAGUCACAGAAGGGUGUUUGUAGCUGAUGUUAACAUCAGGAAGAUGGUAUGGGGAGGGCUAGAUGGACAUGUGCACAAGUUUCUUCCAGCAGUUUUCUGAUGGCAUUGAAUUUCAUAUUUGGCUGGUGAUAAUGCAGUUUAGUUAUGCAUUUGGAAGGCACAUAUUAAGUCAUACUUAAGUAAUGCUCAAAACAAAAAUCCUGCAAUUGAGUUACUACUAGCAAAAUUCACAGUCAUGGGUGAAUUAUUGUUUGGUAUAGUAACAGCAUUAUUUUAUUCAUUUCUUGAAUGAUAAAAGCUAGUCUAAAGAAGCAGAGGAUAGAGUGAUCUAUUUUGCACCUAAACUAAAAGAUAACUGCAUUGAGUAACACAAAACCUGUCACUGCUCUCUUUUGGGCUCUUAUUUCUCUGAAUGGUAUGCGUGUUUAUGACACUGCAUGCAGAUCUACUGUUCUUGAAGUCCUUUGUUUUAAAUGUUGACUGUCUUUUUGCAGAUGAGGCUGAGCCUUCAAUCAGCAAUUGUAAGAAGAGUUUGUUUUACCUCAUUUUGCUCUUGAUUUGUUAAUGUUUUCCAUGAUGGCAGCUUGAGAUAAUUACUUACAGUGACAGCUUUGGGCCUUUUUUUAGGAAGCAAAUACAGUAAACUCUCAGUUAACCAGAACUCAAGCAACUGUCAAAAAAAAAAA